AUGGGUGGUGAUCUCAACCUAAAGAAAUCAUGGCACCCCUCCCUCCUCCGCAACCAGGAGCGCGUCUGGGCGGAAGAGAAACGCGCCCUCGAGGAGCGCAAACGCAUCGACCAGCUGCGGCGCGAGCGGGACGAAGAGCGCCAGAUCCAGGAACUCCAGCGACUGCAGGAGGACUCGGGCGCCCCGCGCCAGAUCCAGCGCGUCGACUGGAUGUACCAGGAGCCGUCGAGCGCCACCGGCCACUACUCCGAGGAGAUGGAAGGGUACCUGUUGGGCAAGCGGCGGUUCGAUCAGAUUCUGCUGAAGAACGAUGAGAGUCAGGCGCUGAAGAAGGGGGCCGCCGGGGUGGGCGGGGUCGCGGUCGCUGGUGCGGGGGACGGUGGUGCCGCGGGCGCGGGUGCAGGGACGAAUCCCCGGGAUACGAUGGCGAAGGUUUUAGCGGAUCCGUUGUUGGAGAUUCGGAAGAGGGAGCAGGCGGCUUUGGAGAGUGCGAUUAAGGAGGGGGUGAGGAGGGGGUCCCAGGCGGUGGGAGGUGCGGGGGCGAGUGCUGGGGCGGGGCAUAGGGAAAGGGAGAGGAGGCAUCGGCGGGAGGGGAGUAGGGACAGGGACAGGGACAGGGAUCAUCGGGGUAGUAGGAGGAGUAGGAGGUAUAGCGAUGAGGGGGAUAGGAGGUCGCACCGGGAGAGGGAGAGGGAGAGGGAGAGGUCACCCAGAGCUGCUGCGGGGGAUCGCUCGGAGAGAAGACGGAGGGAUGAGAGGGGCGACCGGAGUUAUCAUCAUCGCCGAGAGGAUCGGGAUCGGAGGGAGGACAGGGAUGACAGAGAUCACGACUACGACAGGAGAGACCCGGACCGCGAUCGCGGCGACAGAGACGGCAGCGAGAGAGAGUACUCCAGCAGGCAUCACCGUGACCGAGAGGACCGUUACGACCGCUCUUCCCGUCGGGAUGCGCCCCGUGAUCGAUCGCCGUCACCCCGACCUGAUCGCCAUCGCUCAGACAGACGCCGUUCUGAUGAUCGGGGAGAUGGUGCUCGUCAGGACGUCCGUGACCGAGACCGACGAGAGAGAUCCGAUCGCUUCUCUGACAGAAGGGACUACAGAGGACCGAGAGACUCGUACAAUCGUGACCGGAACCUGCAGGAUGGCAAAAACAACAACAACACAGAGCAGAGAGCCAAGGAUUUGGAGCAAGAACGUCAGCGCAAAUUGGCAGAGAUGCUUUCAAACGCAGACGAGAUGGAGGAAACCCGUCGUCAGCGUAUUGCAGAGGUUACCGCUGCGGAACAGAAGCAACUCGAGGAGGACGAGAAGCAUCGCUCUGAGAAAGGCCGUUUUGUGUCGGGUCUUCAUCGCCAACUCCAGGAAGACAAUUUGAAUGACCGCCUCAAACGUAGUCGUGGUGGACUUGCUCGUUUGGAUGAUGAUGAGUGA